AUGCAUGGCCUAUACAAUCCAUCGUUGAACGACCAUCGGCGUCGAAAUCGAGGCUCGGACACCACGUGUUCGGCCAUAUUGCACGUACCCUCAGCUAUCGACUCGGAAAUCCAUAGCUCCGUAUUUGAGAGUGGCACGUACACGGACGUAACAAGGGACGUAAACGAUCUGCGAUGGUUCAGCUUGGAUAACAUGCCGGCAACCGUAUCCACCACGGGUCAGAGGUUUGAGGAAUACAAUGGUGUAGAGGUGAAUUCGGCGAAAAUUCCCAAUCCAAAAGACGUACUGUUCAAAGGGCCCAGAUUCGAAUGGAAUCUAUGGAACCGAUUUCUCAUGAACGAAAUAUCGUCAUAUGCAUUACAAGACUUCAUUUUCAAACAAAGAUAUAUACUUGUCACAUUUUUAUUUAACGAAAACAACCCCAUGAUGGUCAAAAAUACUAGUAAUACAUGGUCAUCAAAUACCUCAUCAAAUGCGAGCAGUAAGAAUGAAGUUGUAUUUGUAGCCUUUUUAGACUUGUCGAUGUUGCUACAGCCAAAUUGCACUGCAAUAAGAUGUUUUUCCAUCGUUCAUAACAUUGACGUAGAAAUUGUAAAACAAAACGAAUUGUCAUUCAAAAACUUUGACCUUGGUAAACUUAUAAAGACAAAUAUCGAAGAAGAUUUGAAAAAGCCUAAAUCUAGAAUACCAGUGCUAGAAACGUCUGACAAUGGAGGAGUGUCCAGUCAAAUGGCAACCGAAUGGACAUUUCCUUUUGUAGUUGUUGACAUUUCCGUGGCUUAUUCACUUUACGAUCAGUAUUUAAAAUAUUUAACAACAAGUCAGAUCACUCUGAUGCAGAUGAAUCUUAUUUCUGAAAGCCCACAAGUUGUAAUAUGUAACCAGUCAAAGUUAAAUAUGUAUCAAGAAACUUUAAAAAACAUCAUAGAAACAUUGAUAAAUAAGUCGGAGAGAAUUAAUGAUCAAAACAGUGUAGAAAGAUACGUUAACGAACUUAAAAUGUCUGGAACUUACGAGUCAAUGCAUUCGUCGUUGUUCGGCGAAAUCCAGUGGUAUAUUCGAGACAACUAUGGUAGUCCAUUGAUCGGUGAAACGACUCAGAGUUUAGUAAAUCGUAUUUUCAUGGAUCUGGUGGACAAAAUGAAGAAAGCAGUGGAAUCAUUCGAGUUUCCGCAAUCUGGCGAUGUUGAUAACUUAUUACAAUUUGAUCGUGUGAACGUUUACGCCAGAGAAGCGGACGAGAUGGAACAGGCGGAACGUGCCAAAAUAUUUUACUUUGACAUUAUUUUUGUAUGCUGCAAUACAGUUGACCAUUCACGAGGACAACAACAAUGGCGAAAUCGUGUUGAAAUCUUUGAUAAUGAGUCACGGAGACUUCAGCGAAGUGUACGCCUUGCUCAGUGUUCACUAUUCAAUACUGAACAUGUAUGA